ACAACCUGCCCAAAACUCAGCCAGCCAUCUUUUGUGAAAAAUCAUUUUAUUUCGUGUCGUCUGGGUAAAUUUCGCAAUUGUAAUUAAUGUCAGAGCCACAGUCUUCGCUUUUGUUAAAAAAGCAGCUAGCAGAACUGAACAAAAAUCCGGUAGAAGGCUUUUCUGCUGGAUUGAUAGACGACAAUGACAUAUACAGAUGGGAAGUCCUUAUCAUUGGUCCUCCGGACACCUUAUAUGAGGGUGGUUUCUUCAAAGCACACUUACAUUUUCCAAAAGAAUAUCCUCUGAGGCCGCCACGGAUGAAAUUUGUUACCGAAAUAUGGCAUCCAAAUAUUGAAAAGAAUGGUGAUGUUUGCAUAUCAAUACUGCACGAGCCAGGAGAUGACAAAUGGGGUUACGAGAAGGCAUCGGAGCGGUGGCUACCAGUACACACAGUGGAGACUAUACUUAUCAGUGUCAUCUCAAUGCUGGCAGACCCCAAUGACGAGAGUCCUGCUAAUGUAGAUGCUGCGAAAGAAUGGCGAGAGCGAUAUUCGGAUUUCAAAAAGAAAGUUGCCAGAUGUGUUAGGAAAAGUCAAGAAGAUUGCUUUUAGGAAAGGACGGGCAGUAGUAGUUGGCAUACUGUAUGGUGGAAAAGGGCCCUAUGACAGUACAGUACCCCCGCGUGACCGCCACCCACACACCCGCAGGCGCCAUGCCGACACACACACAAACGUAGAACCGCGCUCAUUCUGCUUCUCUUUACAGAAAGAAUGGAGAGAAUCAUAUUCGGAGUUUAAAAGAAAAGUAGCACAGUGUGUAAGAAAGAGUCAAGAGGAUUGUU